GCAAUGAAAUGGAGAUAGAUCAGGUUACUGGGCUUGAUCCAGAGAAACAUGCGCCUCAAAACUUGAAUGUGUCUUCCUUGGAUAUGAUGCAAGAUAAGACUGAUGCCCCUUAUCAUAAAGGUCAACUCUCCGAUGCACUGGGUGGUGGGGAACUAAAAGAUCGUCUGGAUGGUGGAAAGAGUCAAAGACAUGCUGCUGAGGGUUCCGUUACAAAACCAUCACAAGUGCAGGAAUCAGGCCUCCGCAAUUCUAAGAUAGAGGAUCAACCAGAAUCAUCUCAGGUUGCCGGAACUAAUCCCGAGAAGUCUUUCGGAAAUGCAGAUGUACCUUCUCCUUCCUUAGGGGCUGAGGAAAGUGAGAAUGAUUUCUCAUCUGGUAAGAGUCCUCUUUGCGGUUCAGUAGAAACACGUGAACCUGAAGAUAGUUUGAUUGACGAAGAGAAUUGUGGGGAUGCCAUUGUGGGUCACAUGAUGAUUCCUUUACUGCCCCAAGAAUCACAAAAUACUAGAGUUGAAAUGGCUGAUAAACCUGAAAAACCUGAAUUGAUAAAUGAUGAUGUGCUUCCCGUGAAGAUUGAGGAAAGUAAGAAAGAUUAUGGGCUUCCUAUGGAGAUUGAGGAAAGUAAGAAGGAUGUGUCAUAUGAUCAGGAGCCUCCAUGCAGUCCAGUAGCAGUGGUGGAGCCAAAAGGCUUGACUGGAGAGGGGAAUAGAAGGGAUGCGACUGCAGAUCUUGUUACAAAUCCGUUACCCCCCCAGGAGUUAUGUUAUUCUGGAGCUGAAAUGGAUGAUCAAAUGGAACUAACUCAUGUUGCUGGAAAUAAGCCAGAAAAACUUGAAUUGAGAAACAUGGAAGUACCUUCAUCUUCCAUGGAGAUUGAUGGGUCAAAUGAUAAGGAACCUCCCAGCACUUCUCUAACACCAAGGGAAUCUAAAAGCUGGGUGACAGGAGAAGAGCAGUGUAGGGAUGCCACUAUGGCUCCCAUUACUGAUCCAUCAGUAGCCCAGGAAAUGGACAUACCUUCAUCUUCCAUGGCGACUGAGCAUGUUGAUGUACCAUAUGAUAUGGGACCUCCUUGCAGCUCAGAAGCGCCAGGGAAACCAGAAGCUGGUCUGACAGGAGAGGAGACAUGUGGGGAUGCUACUAUGGCUCUCAGUGAUGAUCCGUUACCACCCCAGCAAUCAAGUAAUUCUGAAGCUGAGAUGGGUGAAAAAAGGAAUGAGUCACUGGUUGGCGUAAUACCUGUUGGUGAUGAUACAUUGAGGUGUGAAGCUUUGACUUUGACCAUCACUACAGGAGAGGGGCAAAAAGAGUUGGAGGCCUUAUCUGAGAAGGUUCCAGUAGGCACUUCGGAAGUACAACAUGAUAUGAAGGAUAAGGCAGAUAUUAUUGAAAGCUGCGCAGCAGAGAUGGGAAAUGCAUCAGGAACUCCAUGUCCCUCAGCCUCAGGUGAAAAAGAUGGGUGCUUAUCUGAGAAGGGUGUAAAUUACUGUGCAGUGGGGAUGGAGGUGUCAAAAGGAUCUAAUGCUGAUAUUGGAAAGGAUUUCACAAAUGGUUGUUCUGAUGUGCUAGCUCCAGAAUCAAUGGGUGGGGGUUCACCUCCACAGCCUUCAUCAGCAGAGGGUAAUCAUGUAGAGAGCUUGGAAAGUGAUGAAGUGAUCAACAACAGUCCUGUCCAACCAGAAAAUGUGUUGAAGGAAUCUGAAGGUGAUAUAACUGAUGGAAAUCCUGUUACUGAAGUUAAUCUGGAUAUGCUAGCAUCAGCAUCGACAGACAGGGUUUUGUCUCCGUGUUCAGCUGCAGAGGGUGAUCAAGUGAACUCAGAUGUUGAUGUUACAAACAAUGCUGAUCAUUUCAUGCUAGAGAAUGCAUCAGCAGAAUCUAAAGCAGAUACUACUGAUGGAAAGGAUGUUACUGAGGGUUUUGCGGACGUGCUAGCAACAGUGUCAGUAGACCACGCAUCCCCUCCAUCUUCCCCGGCAACAGAGGGUUACCGUGUGGGAAGUUCAGAAACUGAUGUUGCAAACAUUGGCAAUGAUGGCAAGCAAGAAAAUGCAUUAGAAGACAUGGACCAACCUUGUUCUUCUGCAGCAGAGGGUGAAAUCGAAGAAAGAAUGUCUGAGAAAGAUCUCACUGCCGGCACAGGUGUCCAGCAGGAAUCAGAAGAACACACAGUGACUGGGGAUGGAAGGGGUACUGUACCGGAUUUGGAGGUUGUAAACACUGAAGCACCAGACAACAGGAUUCCAUCUUCGCACCCUUCCCCAGCAGUGGAGGGUGAUAAUAAUGCGCAGAGCUUGCCUGAGAAAGAGCUGGCUGAGAGUUCAGUGGCAUCAGAGGUAAAAGAACAUGAAACUGACUUGGAGGGUGAUAAUGAUGCACAGAGCUUGCCUGAGAAAGAGCUGGCGGAGAGUUCAGGGGUAUCAGAAGUAAAAGAACAUGAAGCUGACUAAUUACAAUGUGUGGGUGUAUAUAUCUCUAGAAGUUGUGCACAGAUAUGUCGUAUCUUGUCAAAAGCGGAAGAUCUAGCAUUUACCGAGUAAUUUCAUUUGCCUGUAGUUAUUAAUGUAGGAAUGAGUUCACAUGUAUACUGGCAGUCAUCGUCUGUCAGAUGUAAAGGGUCUAUAAUUUCUCCGAGGAUCUUGUUCAAAAUAAUAGCAUUACUAAAGUUAAUGACAGUGUUCUGAAAGGAAUUAUGAUCCUA